AUGGCUAAGAGCGCACGCAGGAACUUCUCGCUGGAGGAUGUUCACGUUGAGGGAACCGAACGUAUAGCUGAGGCUGUUGCCAAGUACGACGUGGAUCGCUAUAUUCACAUGUCGAGUCACAGCGCCAGCCUGGACUCCCCAUCCGAGUUCUACCGCACCAAGGCGCGCGGAGAGCAGGUCGCCCGCAGCAUUUACCCCGAGACGACUAUCGUGAGACCGGCACCCAUCUUCGGCUUCGAAGACAACCUUCUCCUUAAGCUUGCCAGCGUUAUGAACCUGUUCACUGCCAACAACAUGCAGGAGAGAUUCUGGCCCGUUCACUCUAUCGACGUAGGUCAGGCUCUCGAGCUGAUGCUCUACGAUGACAGCACCGCUGGCCAGACUUUCGAGCUCUACGGUCCCAAGAACUAUUCCAUGGCCGAAAUUGCCGAGUAUGUCGACCGCGAAAUCUUCAAGAAGCGCCGACACAUCAACGUUCCGAAGAAGGUCCUCCAGCCUGUUGCCGGUCUGUUGAACAAGUUCCUUUGGUGGGACGUCAUGUCCGCCGACGAGAUCGAGCGUGAGUUCAUCGACCAGGAAAUCGACGAGACAGCAAAGACGUUCAAGGACCUCGGCAUUGAGCCCGGUGACAUCGCCAAGUUCACCUACCACUACCUGCAAGGAUUUCGCAGCGGCAACUUCUACGACCUCCCCCCAGCAACAGAGAAGGAGAAGAAGGAGGAGCGCAAGUACCUGCACGUUCUUGACGACCAGUAA